AUGCUGGCUAAUAAAUUUGAUGAGAUGCAUCACCCGGUGCCUGAUUCCAGUAUGAACGGUAAUCCGUUGUGUAAUAGUAGUGCGAAUGUUGGGCAGGGGAACAGGAAUAGCAACCCGAUACAGAGCAGGGGCACGGGCCACAGCUCUAGUCCGAUUUACAACAACCCGUUGCGUACCGCCCACCCUGGUGCUGUUCUGUUGUCGCCACAGUCCUCCUCAUUGAACAUCAUCGAUACAACUGUUGGAAAUGCGAUGUCGCCUACCGUGCCAUCUUCUGCGGCGUCCUCUAUUUUCUUUAACGACUUUGGACUGGAUUCGUCCACUAACUUGAACAAGUCUGCCAUGAACGCCAACAGCAACCGUCCGAUGACUACUAUCCCAUUGUCCUCUAAUUCCACAAGCCAGUCUUACACUCUUUCAUUCCAGCAGGAGAACAAAAAAACAAACAGCAAUUCUACACUAAACAAUGUUAAUAACGGUUUGGUCACAGCAGGUUCUGUUUCCAACUCUCAUAAUAAUAUAUUUCUGGACUCAUUUUUAAGCCAUGAUAACACAAUGCAACCUAAUAACAGCAGCAACAACAACAACAACAACAAUCAAAAUGCUAAUAAUUCUUUGAACUUCAACACUGAUGUCAACCAACUGUGCACCUGGAUGUCGAUGCUGACCGCAAACCAACAGAGUGUUGUCAUGGAUAACAUUAUCUCGGUGCUAAACGAAAGCACUCUCAACUACACCAAGAUGAAGCUAGACACCAUGUUUGGCACAACCUCGUCCUCUCCAACUAGUGCUGAGGCCAUGCAAAACCUGGGCCAGCCAAAGGAAAGCGGUAACCAAAACAGCAACCAGAACAACAUCGCUUCACCCAUCCCAAGCACCCUCGAUUCUGUAUUUGCCAAUAACUCCAUGAAGUACUUGCAAUCUCAGUCAACUAGCGGUAGCAAUCACUUCCACCAAGCUUUCAAUAGCAAAGGAAGUAGCAUGAACUGGUCAUCCCAGGCUUCAAACAUACAAAAUCCUGCCUACGAUUACUUAAAUGAUUAUCGCCAGAGACCAAAAUCUGCAGAACCUCCACUAUCUCACCAGACUCACUACCAACCAUCCAACUUGAGUAUCUCGCAGUUCAAACCACAGAAUUCCAACGGUAACUCAUCCAACACAAACACAAAUAGAAACUUGAAUAACAGCAACAACAGUAACAACAACAGCACCGCCAACAACAAUAACAUUGGAAGUAACAACACCAAGAGAAUGAACGACAUCACUAAUUCUGCGGAUGUACCUGUUACAAGCUCAUUCCAGAACUUGACUCUGAAUAACCAAAAUGGUUCGACAACCACAUCCUCUAACAAUGGCAAUUCAAGUUCUGGUGCCUCAAGUAACAGUUCAAUGAACCCAAAGAGCUUAACUGAUCCAAAAUUGUUGAAUAACAUUCCUAUUUGGCUAAAAACGUUAAGACUACAUAAAUACUCAGACAUCCUGAAUGAUUUAAGCUGGGAGAAGUUGAUUUACUUGGAAGACGAAGACUUAUUAAAACGUGGUGUUUUAGCUUUAGGUGCGCGCAGGAAGUUACUAAAGGCAUUCACCAUUGUUAGAGAUUACAAGAACCGUGAUCUAAUAGAUAAUUCAGCAUAUUUAAACAUUAAAUAA